GACGUCACUUCCGCGCGCCACCGGAAACGUCAUUAUCGGCCGCCGACCGCGGCAUUGUUCUUUACUUCUGAAGUUCGGUCUUAGUUCCAUUUUGCUAGACAUGGAGAGUGACUUUUAUCUACGUUACUACGUGGGUCACAAAGGCAAGUUCGGCCACGAGUUCUUGGAGUUUGAAUUCCGACCCGACGGUAAAUUGAGGUAUGCCAACAACAGUAAUUACAAAAAUGAUGUCAUGAUCAGAAAAGAGGCCUAUGUACAUAAAAGUGUGAUGGAGGAAUUGAAGAGAAUAAUUGAUGACAGUGAAAUUACCAAAGAGGAUGAUGCUUUGUGGCCUCCUCCUGACCGAGUAGGCCGGCAGGAGCUUGAAAUCGUCAUUGGAGAUGAACACAUUUCUUUCACAACAUCAAAAAUUGGUUCCCUAAUUGAUGUUAAUCAAUCUAAGUUUUGUGGUUUGGAGGAAUUAUCCUUAUCUUCCAGAAUCUGGUCUGUGAAAAGGGUCACAAAUGUCUCUCCCUUCAAAGUAACUUUGGUUCCUCUUAAGGAAUGCAACACAUCCUGUCCUCUUAGGCCAGGCAGGGCUGCAGGUAAAUUGCUUUGAGGCAAAGAAAGCAUGUGGGGGAGUCAGCACAGUGGGCCCAUUUUAUAGAAUUAUUCUUGUAUUCUCAUUUUCCCACUAUAGGUAAGAGUGACAAGGGUCUGGUAUUGAGAAAAUUAGCUAAUAACUGACAUGAAGUCAAGCAGUCAAUAUGGGUAAAAAUAAUGAGGGUGGAGGGGUGAUGAAUGUUUUUCAAGGAAAGAACAAAGAGUUGCU